UGCAAGUAGCCAUAAAGCAUGGGAAGCUUGAGAAAGACUCUUCUUCAGCAGAUAAGCUGAUUCUGCAAAAAAAACACAACAGCACAGCACUUGAACAGCACCUCUGCAGGGCUCCAUUCUGGUGUGCUUUCCUGGGAGGAAAAGAUGGCUGCUGCUGCUCUUCAGAUUGCUGGGCUGCUCCUCGGAGGCAUCGGCACAGUUGGGACUUUUGCCAUUACUGGCAUGCCCCAGUGGCGAGUGACCGCUUUCAUCGAAAGCAACAUUGUGGUUUUUGAAACCAUCUGGGAAGGCCUCUGGAUGAACUGCAUGCGGCAGGCUUCCAUCAGGAUGCAAUGCAAAAUCUACGACUCCCUCUUGGCACUGCCUCCUGACCUUCAGGCUGCAAGAGGCUUGAUGUGUGCAGCAUCAGCGCUGGCAUUUCUGGCUUUUACAGUAGCUGUUCUUGGCAUGAAAUGCACCCAGUGUACAGGAAAUGAUGACCGAAUCAAGGGCUAUAUUUUGCUGGCAGGUGGCAUCGUUUUCAUUUUGACUGGCAUCGUUGUGUUAAUCCCAGUGUGCUGGGUUGCCCAUACUAUCAUUCGAGAGUUCUACAAUCCGAUGGUCUCAGUGGCUCAGAAGCGAGAGCUCGGGGAAGCUCUUUACAUAGGCUGGGUAUCUGCCUUCUGCCUAGUUGCUGGAGGGGCUAUUCUUUGUUGCUUCUGCCGUUGCAAUGAGAAAACCAGAAGUUAUCGAAACUCAGUGCCUUCACAUCCGACAACGUACCGUAGCCACCAUAUCCAAAGGGCAGCUGAAAGUUCAUAUUCGAAAAAUCAGUAUGUUUAGCCAUCUCUUGAUUUAGUAGCCUUUAGAAGCAGAGUUAUUUAAUAUCAGACUUGAACUCUAACAAGCUUAGAAGAAACUUUGCUAGCACAACAUGCUGUGUACACUGACUGGAGUGAUAUCCGUGGAAUUGCCUAUGAAAUCUAAGACAAAGCAAGCUCUACAAUUCAGGGCAGUAGUUUGGAGUAUUUCAGUUGCAGGAUGAAAAAUGCUGGGACCUGUCUGGAGUUCUGUAUUUCUUAAUUAACAUUUUUACAAAGGAAUAUAUGUAUAUAAUUAAUAGUGAAUUGAAACAGCUUUGAAGGGAAAGGGAAGAAAUUAUAUAAGUAAAUUCAAAGACCUAUUGAAAUCCAGUAUAUUCUAAAAUAUUGCUUACAUAUGGCAUAUUAUAUUUCUGGGCUUGAAGGGGAUAUUGCUGGGGUAAUAUUACCAUGGGAAAACCUCUUCAAAAUUCAUCACUCAUUAUGUUUUAUUACAUAAAGUUGAACUUAUACUGAAGUAUUGUUUAGCUGUGCAAAGAAUAAAGACAUGCUUGGACUGUCUUAAUUCAGUGUAUUUUUCAAAGUAUAUAUUCUACAUUUUGCUCAAGUGCUUCUUUCUUUCUCCCCCAAAAGUAUUUGCUAUUUAGUAUCAAUAAGAUAUCAUAUGCAUUUGUAGUCUUGGAGUUUUAUAUUCUGCCAUUAAUUUCCUGAGCAUUAUAGAUUGUUCUGACAAUAUUUUUCUGAUCAAACAACUCAACACAUUCAAAUAAAAUAAAUAA